AAAUAGCAUUGAACUGGAAACGCAAACGCAGGCUACACGACGUGUACUUUAUUUUUACUUUAAUAUUAUCUUAAUCGAUCUUAACUCAUAUUUAUGUUUCAUAAUCACUCAAAAUAUCUGUUGGAAAAUGCGCAGAGAUAAAACCUCAUGAAAACAGAGGACGUAUGAUGUUAUUUUGGUCAUAGUUUCUUGUAACUCACAACAGUUUUUGAUUCAGUCUUUUGCCAGAUAUAGAUUGUUACGUUGGUUCCUUAUCUGGUGAAAUAAAUUGCCAAUCUUCAACAUGAAAAACAGAUUCAACUCUUUGGAUCUAGUAUGCUCUGUUACAGAGCUACAAAAGGUUGUUGGCCUGAGGUUGCAGCAGGUUUAUGACAUUGAUCAUCGAACAUAUUUGCUGAAACUGCAAGAAAAGGAUGACAAGGCAGUGCUGCUUAUUGAAUCUGGAAAUCGAAUUCAUACGACUGCAUUUGAGUGGCCAAAAAAUCAGGCACCCUCCAGUUUCAGCAUGAAAAUGAGGAAACACUUGAAGAACAAGCGGCUGGAAUCCCUCACUCAGUUAGGCAUAGACCGAGCGAUAGAUUUGCAAUUUGGUACAGGCCCUGCCGCAUAUCACUUGAUUCUGGAAUUGUAUGACAGAGGCAACAUUAUCUUAACAGACUGCGACUUGGUGAUUCUAAAUGUCCUGAGGCCUCACACGGAAGGAGAGCAAAUUAGAUUUGCUGUAAAGGAAAAAUAUCCUCAAGACAGGGCUCGCACCAGGCAAGGUGCCCCUGAUGAAGAAAAACUCAAAGAAUUAUUUGCCAAUGCCAAACCUGGAGAUCCUCUGAAGAAAUUCCUUGUCCCGAAUACAGAUUAUGGCCCAGCCCUGAUUGAGCACGUUCUGUUGGGUGUAGAUUUUGCUCCCAAUGUGAAGUUUGGAAAAGGAUUUAGUUUGGAGAAUGACCUGGGAAAACUAUACUCAGCACUGUGCGAAGCUGACGAAAUUUUGAGUAGUGCUUCAACAACGCCAUCAAAAGGAUAUAUUAUUCAGAAAAGAGAGUCCAAAGUCCAAGAAGAAGGCGAGAUUUUGACCAACGAGGAGUUCCACUCAAUGCUCUUCAGACAGCAUGAAGGAAAGCCAUACAAAGAAUUUGAAGCCUUUGACACUGCAGUUGAUGAUUUCUUCUCUAGUCUGGAAGGACAGAAAAUUGAUUUGAAGGCAUUGCAGCAAGAGCGAGAGGCUGUGAAAAAGCUGGAUAAUGUAAAAAAAGACCUUGACCAGAGGCUCAAAGCUUUGUCAGAAAUUCAGGAGAGUGACCGGCACAAAGCAGAGCUCAUCACCAGGAACCACGAAAUGGUUGACCACGCGAUUCUUGUUGUCAGAUCUGCUUUGGCUAAACAGACAUCAUGGGCAGAUAUUGCUAGACUAGUCCAAGAAGCAAAACAGCAGAAUGACCCAGUUGCCUUGGCAAUUACAAAUUUGAAACUCGAAGUGAAUAAUAUAACAAUGCGCCUGUGUGAUCCAUACGGCUUGGUAGAAGAUGAUGAGGACGAUGCAGCACUGCAGCCUGUUAUAGUUGAUAUUGAUUUGGACAUGAAUGCCCACUCAAAUGCCAGGAGGUACUAUGACCAAAGAAGAACAGCAGCAAAAAAGCAGCAAAAGACGGUCGAGUCACAGAAAAAAGCUCUGAAGUCUGCUGAAAAGAAAACCACUCAAACACUGAAAGAUGUUAAAAUGGCCAAGAGCAUUCAAAAAGUUCGCAAAGUGUUUUGGUUUGAAAAGUUUUUCUGGUUCAUAUCCUCGGAGAACUAUUUAGUUGUUGGCGGUCGAGAUCAACAGCAGAAUGAGCUAGUAGUGCGCCGCUAUUUGAAAGCCGGAGACAUUUACGUGCACGCUGACCUGCAAGGAGCCAGCAGCGUUGUGAUUAAGAACCCAAGCGGGGAUCCUGUGCCGCCUAAAACUUUGAAUGAGGCCGGCGUAAUGGCAAUUUGCUACAGCAUGGCUUGGGAAGCCAAAGUCACAGCUGGCGCCUGGUGGGUUCACAGCAAUCAGGUAUCCAAGACCGCGCCCACCGGAGAGUACUUGACCACGGGCAGUUUCAUGGUCCGAGGGAAACGAAAUUACUUGCCUCCUACCCAACUAGCCAUGGGAUUUGGAUUUUUGUUCAAACUAGAGGAUAGCUCUGUUGCUCGCCACCUUGAUGAAAGGAAAAUCAGAACCCUGGAUGAGGAUGAGAUGUCUGAAAUGUCAUCAGUGAACGAACAAGAAAUUGAAUUAGAGGGCCCAGAUGAUGAGCAAGAUGAAGCAGAAGCCUCAGCAGAAGCACUGAAAGAAUUGGCCAUUGAGGAAGAACGUGAAAAUGAAGAUUCUGAGGCAGAAGAACAAGAGAAAAAUGACGCCUCAAGCACAAAAAUAGUGGAAUUUCCUGAUACGGAAUUAAAACUUCCUCUUUUAGGCGAAUCAAACACAAAGACUCAGCCAAUUGACGCAGAUACUUACGUUAUUGGAAAGACUGUAUCAAUUCCCAAAAAACCCAUUAAAAAGGAGACAGAAAAAGAUUCUAAGAAUGAGUCUGAUGCAAAGCAAAAUCAAACACAACAGCAACAGAUGAAGAGAGGGCAACGUGGCAAACUAAAAAAGCUGAAAGAAAAAUACAAAGACCAGGAUGAGGAUGAACGCCUUCUGCGAAUGCAAAUUUUGCAAGGAGCUGAAGGUAGCAAACCGAAGAAGGAUAAAGGCGGGAAAAAGGAGACAGAAAAGCCCAACAGCAAGCAAAAGCAGCAGGCUAAGAAGCACAAGGCAGGGCCUUUUGCCGACACGGGAAUUAUUACUGAAGACGUAGCUCCAGAGGAGGCGAUUGAGCUGGAAAGUGAAGCCGCGCCUGUGACGGUUGAUUUGGAAACGCUGAACUCGCUCACUGGCAUUCCAGUUAGUGAAGAUGAACUGUUGUUUGCUGUACCAGUAGUGGCUCCCUACAAUACUUUGAUAAAUUACAAGUUUAAAGUGAAGUUGAUGCCAGGCACGGGAAAGAGAGGAAAAGCGGCAAAAACGGCGCUGGCUAUAUUUUUGCGUGACAAGACGUGCUCACAACGAGAAAAGGACUUGUUGAAAAGCGUGAAGGAGCAGGACCUCGCAAGAAACUUCCCAGGCAAGGUCCGCCUUUCUGCUCCACAAAUGGUGAAAUUGAAGAAGUAAUGCUCAUUUUUUGUUCAUAUUUUUUUCUAAUUGCUUCAUGGUUGUUAGUAUUGACUUUCCUUUUAUGUUACUCUUGUAAUUUGUAAUGCAACCCAAAUUUAAAUAUAUUUGAGCUGAAGUUGA